UAUACGUAUAAAAAUCCGAAAUGGGAGUACCUGCUGGUGAUGUUGAAAAGGGCAAAAAAAUUUUUGUUCAACGUUGCGCACAGUGCCAUACCGUUGAAGCUGGAGGAAAACACAAGGUUGGUCCAAAUUUGCAUGGUCUGUUUGGUCGUAAGACAGGCCAGGCAGCAGGCUUCGCCUACUCAGAUGCCAACAAGUCCAAGGGCAUUACAUGGAACGAUGACACAUUGUUCGAAUACUUAGAAAACCCAAAGAAAUACAUCCCCGGCACAAAAAUGAUCUUUGCUGGUCUAAAGAAACCGAAUGAACGCGGGGAUCUUAUUGCUUACCUUAAAUCUGCCACCAAGUAAAUUCAGUCCGACACCACU